GUUUUCUGUCUGUGUCUCUCUCCUGCAGUUGGAAGUCUCUCAGUUGGAAGGAAGCCUCCAGCAGCCCAAGUGCCAGUCCACCAUGUCCCCGUACCUGAUCCCCAACACCCAGGCCAUCUGCCAGCACCUGGGCAGUAUCCGGCAGUUGGCAAACAGCGGGCGGUUCAUAAUCAUCAUUCCACGGACAGUAAUCGACGGGUUAGACUUCCUGAAGAAAGAAAAUUCCGGAGCGCGGGAUGCCAUUCGGUUCCUGGAGUCGGAGUUCAAGAAGGGCAACAGGUACAUCCGAUGCCAGCGGGACACUGGCCGGACUGUGGAGAGGCACAAGCUGAAGAGACAGGACCUGGAUGCCUGGUAAGGUGGUGUCUGCCUUC